AUGUCGUCGACCUCUCCCUCUAAGGAGCCGGAAGUUGAGCCCGAGGUGCAAUCGGGUGAAGACCCAGAACAAAUGGAACGCGAGCACGACCAACUCCAUGGCCAGGGCGAGUUCGAGGUGAAGGAGCAAGAUCGGUGGCUUCCGAUUGCCAAUGUGGCCCGCAUUAUGAAGCUCGCUUUGCCCGACAACGCGAAGAUCGCAAAAGAAGCCAAGGAAUGCAUGCAAGAAUGUGUGAGCGAGUUUAUCUCGUUCAUCACGAGUGAAGCCUCGGAAAAAUGCCAGCAAGAAAAGCGCAAGACAGUCAAUGGCGAGGAUAUCUUGUUCGCGAUGACCUCGCUUGGUUUUGAAAAUUACGCUGAGGCUCUCAAGAUCUACCUUUCCAAGUAUCGUGAGACUCAAUCUGCACGAGGCGAGAACCAGGGUCGACCCCCGAGCAGCGGCUAUGGUGCCGGACCCGUGGGUGGUCCGAGUGGUGCCCCUCGCCCUACAGGGUUCCCGGAUGCUGAGAGUGCGAACAGCAUCUUGAACCCCAGCCUCGAUCCGUCGGAGCAAGAAGCCGCUGCCUACGGCUAUCCUUCCAUGGUCCCACAACCUCACAACGGAGCGGGUGGUGACACGUACUAG